AUGUCGACAGCAGUGGCGACAAUCAACCAGCCUAAGGCAAAAAAAGCCAGGGGUGGCAAAACAGCCUCAUCCAUUUCCAACUUUGAGGAAAUGAUCAAAUCAGCCAUUAAUAAUGAUAAGAAUCAAAAUGGUUGCACCUUGCAGUCAAUUCAAAAAUACAUCAGGAACAAUUACAAAGUGGGCAACAAUGCUGAUUCAAAGAUUAUACUGGCCCUGAAGAAACUGAUCUCUGCAGGCACUGUUCUCCAGGGAGGAGGAACAAGUGCAGCAGGACUCUACAAACUCAAAGAUGUUCAAACAGCCAAAGACAUGUCCAAAAAUGUGUCCACAGAAGAGAAAUCCCCCCGGGGUGCCAGGAAAAAAAAGGCGGGCAGAGGCAAGAAUGUUGUCAGGUCCAGAAGUAAAGUCAGGAAAAAUCUCUCAGUUGAGAUCAUGGAGGUGGAUAAGAACAAGGGAGGUUCAUCCAAAAGGAGGAUGAAAGGCAAAGGAAAAAGGGCUAAACCAGCCAGGGCCCCCAAACAUAAGGCAGCAAAGAUCGGCAAAAGGAAAUAG